AUGGGCCAGAUCAGCACCUCUUGGCAAGGUGAAGUCUAUUACAGGAGCAAAUACCUGAGAAAUGAUACCUACAACGUCAACAUCGAGGCCAACAGGAUUGUGGUGUCAGAGUUUGGAACGAUGGCCUAUCUGGACCCCUGCAAAAACAUAUUUUCCAAAGCAUUCACCUACUUGUCCCAUACCAUCCCUGAUUUCACAGACAACUGCCUGAUUAACAUCAUGAAGUGUGGAGAAGACUUCUAUGCGACCACAGAGACCAAUUACAUCAGGAAAAUCAACCCACAGAAUCUGGAAACCCUGGAGAAGGACAAGAAGGGGAAGAACCCCUUGAAGCACAUGGAGGUGUUCUGCUCCAUCACCCCCUGCUCCCUCCUCUCCCCGAGCUAUUACCACAGCUUCGGAGUCACCGAGAACCACAUCGUUUUCCUCGAGCAGCCUUUCAAGCUAGAUAUCCUCAAAAUGUCAACUGCAUACAUCCGGGGAGUGAACUGGGCCUCCUGCCUGGCUUUCCACAAGGAGGACAAGACUUACAUUCACAUCAUCGACCAGAGGACCAGGAAGCCUGUGCCCACCAAGUUUUACACGGACCCCAUGGUGGUCUUUCAUCACGUCAACGCCUACGAGGAGGAUGGCUGCCUUCUGUUUGACGUCAUCACCUACGAGGACAGCAGCCUUUACCAGCUCUUCUACUUGGCCAACCUGAACCAGGACUUUGAGGAGAACUGCAGGCUCACCUCCAUCCCCACCCUCAGGAGGUUCGCUGUGCCCCUCAAUGUGGACAAG